AUGGCAGCACAAAAAGCUCAGCAACUUGAUGAGACGAGUACUGUGAAGAUGACGUCUCAACCAGAAAAGCUCACAGAGGAACACUUCGGUGUUCCCAGCGAUGAAUCAGAUACCUCUCACAAAUCUUCGGAAACAGCAGGAGCUACCGACGACUUGCAGCCAUGGAAGGCCUUCGUUAUUUGGCUAUGCAUUGCUUUCGGGGUUUUAUGCACAUUCCUUGAUGAGGGAAUCAUUGCUACGGCUAUCCCCAGAAUAACGGAUGAUUUUGGUUCUUUGAAGGACGUCGGUUGGUACGGCUCAGCAUACCAGAUGACUCUUUGCGCCUUUCAACUAGUUUUUGGCCGUCUAUACAACCAGUUCAAUAUCAAGGUCGUCUUUGUUAUUUCUCUGGUCAUCUUCGAAGUUGGAUCUUUGAUAUGCGCUGUCAGUCCCAGUUCAGCAGUCUUUAUCGUUGGACGUGCGAUCGCAGGCCUAGGCGCCUCAGGUCUCCAAAGCGGCAGUAUGGUUCUUAUAUCAGCAGUACUGCCAUCCAAGAAGUUGCCAUUGUACUUGGGGGCUAUUGGCAUGGUUUAUGGUGUUGCUGCUGUCGUUGGACCUGUCGCUGGAGGUCUCAUAACCAACAGUUAUUUGACCUGGAGAUGGUGCUUUUAUAUCAAUCUUCCCAUUGCUGCACCAUCUGCUGUUGCGACGUUGUUCCUAAUCAAGGCGCCCCCGCCAACUGAUGAACAACGGCGGCCUUGGCUGCAGAAAAUCCGGGGUUUAGACUAUCUUGGCAUGCUUCUUUUGCUUCCAGGGAUAACGUCAUUUCUUCUUGCUCUUCAAUUUGGCGGCACACUCUUUACGUGGAGUGACGCUCGCACAAUAGCAACCUUUGUCGUUGCUGGGGUGCUGAUUGUCGGUUUCAUGGUGGAGCAGUGGUGGAUGGGUGAGAAGGCUUUGGUCCCCUUCCGGCUCAUCAAGAUGCGUGUGGUAAUUUUCGGUGCUUUUUUCGGCUUCUGCUUAGACAGCGCCUUUUUCAUUCUGGUCUACUAUGUGCCUCUUUGGUUUCAAGCCAUUCAUGGUGUCACGCCGGAGCAAUCUGGUGUGCGGUACUUAGCCCUCUGUCUGGCAUUUAUCUUUACCAUUUUCCUCAGCGGUUGGGGCGUCACCAAAACCGGAUAUUAUCAGCCUUUUAUGCUUGCAGGAACGAUUCUGCUCUCUGUGGGUUCCGGUCUUUUGUCAACUCUCCAAGUAAAAUCUGGCGCAGACCGCUGGAUCCCAUUCCAAGUCAUCGCUGGAUUGGGUAUCGGGGCAUCGACACAGCAGGCAGCGGUCGCAGUUCAGAGCACGCUUUCGGAGGGAGAUAUUGCUAUUGGUGUGGCUGUCGUGCUUUUCUUCCAGUGUUUUGGACCAACGACGGGCAUCACUAUUGCCCAGGCAGUUUUUGCGAGCGAUCUGGCUUCUGGAGUUUCUGCUCAACUCCCUUCCGUCAGCAUAAAAGAGAUUGCGACUUCUGGAGCUACGCAACUCUCAGACCUGGUUUCUCCUGAGGAAUUUGGCACUCUUUUGAAUGUAUACAACCAUGCUGUUACGAGGACCUUCUUGGUGGCGGGAGCUAUGGCAGCCGCCAGCAUCAUUGGAGUGGUUGGCGUUGGAAUGAAGAAGAUCCAAUCGGAAGAGAGUGAGAAGACGGACGUUGAAAGCCAGUGA